AAAAUGCAUAGGAAUUCGUUUUGAUCGACGUAGAAUAGAUUGCACGGGAAAUUUUCUCAUAAGAGUUAAUUCGGUAUGGCGCGUCCUUCGGACGCAUCGAGCGCGUAAGUUCCUGCGGGGUGGGCGAGGGACGCCAUGACAGUCGUCGUAUUUUCUGUUAACCGCGAGCACGUAGGCACUUCCCAAGAUUUUCGUGAAAUUACGUGGCACGUCGGAGUCGAACAGGGCCGAAUUUGGUCCUCCGUUAUUCCGUUCUCGACGGCGUACACUUGGAUGAUAUUGUUGAAGCGGAGGGCGAGAGAGCGUGGCCAUUAUCGAGGAUUUGCUUGUGGGUAUCCGUGGCGAGGUGAGACGUCGAGAGGCGGCGAAAGGCGUCCCCCCUGCGUCGGGACGCGCGUCUCCCCGUGCACGGGACGGCCUAAGGCCGUAAGAGCGAGAUGCCUGAACCGCCGACGGCAUCCUUUACCACGAUGAAAAGUGAAUUAUGUCAGAAGCACUUAAUUGGUAGCCUUCAGUGAACGAAGAUGAACAGCGAGCAGCAUGCGUUGCCAGCGACUACGCAGGCUCAACAAGAGGAUGUAAACGCGGGUCAAAGUGGUCGUCCUUCAUACCCAGGUGGUUUGGCUACUUCUACUGGCCUUGGCAAUGUGGGGAAUACCCCUCAUUCAUCCGCGGACCUGCGUGUAGGUACAGCCGUAGCGUUAGCCUCCUCGGUAGCUAAGUAUUGGGUCCUGACCAAUCUGUUUCCCGGACCGCUACCUCAGGUCUCGGUCUACCACCAUUCCCACCACAACUCCUCUCAUAGGAGCGGUGGAAGUGGGGAGGCAUCCUCCAAAGAGCCAGCCUCCUCCUUGAAUCAGGAAAUGGCAUUGAACUCCAGCUCUCAUCAUCAGUCAACCUCUCAGUCGGCACAUCAUCACCAUCAACCUUCAGUUAGCAGUAGCAACCAUCAUGGCUCUAUGCAGUCCAACUCUCAGCAGAUUCCAGUUUCUCUUCCUGGCCUUAAUCUAGACGGGGCGCAUAUCCCGGCGAGCGUUAGUCACUUACAGGCAGCACACGCGCAAAUGCAACAACAAAUGCAGGCUCAACAGCAGCAGCUGCACCAGCAGCAGCAACAGCAGCCGCAGCAGCAGCAGCAACAGCAGCAGCAAUCUCAUCACCAAAUGCAGAAUCAUCAAAAUGCACAGAACAAUGGACCGACCUCACAUAACCAGAACACUCAGCGGGACGACAACAAAGUCAAGGAUGAAGGUGGCAGCUGUACCACCGAACGCUGUAGCGAUAAUCAGGUUCACUGUCAAGUUCAAUGCGAUCUUCAGUUACAACCACCACAAGACUUACAACAGAGCUUAAUGCAACAGCAGCAGCAACAGCAGCAGCAGCAGCAGCAGAUCGGCGUGAAUAUAAGCGGGAAUUCUUCGACCGAGGGUAGCAGCCAAAAUAAUUCGGAAAAGCCGGAGAAGGAAAAGGAGUUGCGGCAACUUAAUAUGACGCAAUUUCAAGUUCCAGACUUAAAACCAGGUGGUCAUAUGAUGGACGUCAGAACUGCGGACGGUUCGGUAGUCAAAAUUAGUGCGGGAAAUGAACAAGACUUAGCUAAAACAUUGGGUGUUGAAAUGGUACAAAACAUGUACAAGGUCAAUGUCGAAGAUAUUAACCAGCUUUUAGCGUAUCACGAAGUUUUCGGAAAAUUGCAAAGUGAAAUUGCAGCCGGUACUACUUUGGUAGGAAGUACAGUUCCUACUCAAACAGUUACCACCAUUCAAAAUGGUACACCGUUAGUGCAGCAAGUUCAAUUGAAUAAGUUUGAUAUAAAAACUAGCGAUGGUGAAGCAACACCGGGUCCAAGUGCAUCGCCAGUUUCAGUUGGCAGCCAUGCCUGUGAGAUAUGUGGAAAGAUAUUCCAGUUUCGUUACCAGCUUAUCGUACAUCGUAGAUAUCAUACAGAAAGAAAACCAUUCACGUGUCAGGUUUGUGGGAAGGCAUUCUCAAAUGCAAACGAUCUAACGCGUCACGGAAAAUGUCACUUGGGUGGAUCGAUGUUUACAUGCACUGUAUGUUUUCACGUCUUCGCAAAUGCACCUUCGUUGGAACGGCAUAUGAAAAGACAUGCUACCGACAAGCCUUACAACUGUACGGUGUGUGGCAAGAGUUUCGCAAGAAAGGAGCAUUUAGAUAACCACACCCGAUGCCAUACAGGCGAAACACCAUACAGGUGCCAAUAUUGCUCGAAGACAUUUACCCGAAAAGAACACAUGGUAAAUCACGUGCGCAAACACACUGGUGAGACUCCACAUCGAUGUGAUAUUUGCAAGAAGAGCUUUACUCGCAAAGAACACUUUAUGAACCAUGUUAUGUGGCAUACAGGAGAAACCCCCCAUCAUUGUCAAGCCUGUGGCAAGAAGUAUACGCGCAAAGAGCACCUCGCUAACCACAUGCGUUCACACACCAAUGACACCCCAUUUCGCUGUGAGAUAUGCGGUAAGUCGUUUACGAGGAAGGAGCACUUCACGAACCACAUAAUGUGGCAUACGGGUGAGACGCCGCACCGCUGCGACUUCUGCUCGAAGACGUUCACUCGAAAGGAGCAUCUUCUCAACCACGUUCGCCAGCACACGGGUGAGUCUCCACACCGAUGCGGCUUCUGCUCCAAAUCGUUCACCAGAAAGGAACACCUUGUUAACCACAUCCGCCAACACACAGGGGAGACGCCCUUCCGCUGUCAAUACUGUCCAAAAGCAUUUACGCGUAAGGAUCAUCUGGUGAACCACGUCAGGCAGCACACGGGUGAGUCACCGCACAAGUGCCAGUAUUGCACCAAAUCCUUCACGAGGAAGGAACAUUUGACCAAUCACGUGCGUCAACAUACAGGCGAAUCGCCACAUCGAUGCCACUUCUGCUCCAAAUCAUUUACUCGUAAGGAGCACUUGACGAAUCAUGUAAGAAUCCACACUGGCGAAUCUCCGCACAGAUGUGAAUUUUGUCAGAGAACGUUCACUAGGAAAGAACACCUCAAUAAUCAUCUCCGUCAACAUACCGGAGAUUCUUCGCAUUGUUGUAACGUGUGCUCGAAACCAUUUACGAGAAAGGAACAUCUCGUAAAUCACAUGCGCUGUCAUACCGGUGAACGUCCAUUCGUGUGCACGGAGUGCGGCAAGAGCUUCCCAUUGAAGGGUAACUUGCUGUUCCAUAUGCGUUCCCAUAAUAAAGGAAGCAACGCUGAGAGACCAUUCCGUUGCGAUCUCUGUCCCAAAGACUUCAUGUGUAAAGGACACUUGGUCUCCCAUAGACGAUCCCAUUCGGACGAACGUCCACACAGCUGUCCGGAUUGCGGCAAGACGUUCGUUGAAAAAGGAAACAUGUUGAGACAUUUGCGAAAACAUGCUGCUGAAGGGCCACCAACGCAGGUUAGCACACCGUCUGCUAUUCCACAAUCUGGAGUUUUACCUAUACCAACUGCUGCGGUUUUGGUUGGACAUCCAUUGGCACCACCAGCUCCACCAGUUGUCCCACAACAUACCGUAGUAGUACCAACACCACCUGGAGUUUUAACAUCCUAUUAAAUCAAGUUCGAAAAGAAAAAAAGAAAAAAAUGACGUGUCAAGAGAAAAAUCGUAACGCCGAUGGAGCUUUCUCAAGGUUGUUGUUAUAUCAGUGUGUUUGAUCGACGAAUACCAAGAGAAAGAGAGACUGUGUUUCAGAUUUCAAUGCAAAACUCGAAGUCAUAAUCAAGAGAACGCAGUUCUCUUAUAUCUAUCUGUUUUUGAACAGAAAAGUGUCGUUACAUAAUGAAAAUUACUCGGAACUAUAAUUCUUCGACAGCAGCUAAAAAUAAUAAUUACCUUAAUUUAAAAAUAAGGUUUGUCGAACUUUGAACCAAGGAAAAAACGAAACACGAUCGUGUUCUACUCGCAUCUAUCAGUGUAUAGAUAACAUUGAAAGAUUUUUCAAUAUUAAAUACAUUUUGCGUGUUGUCGGCGAUAGAUUAUCCAAAGUUUGAAUUUGUUUCUAUAUAUCUUUGUAUGAUAAAUAUAAUAGAUUUAUAUAAGUAUAGAUACAUAUAUAUAUAUAUGUGUA